AUGUCGCACCAACCACCGCCCGAUAUUUCAGACUUCUCUCCAACUACUGAUUUCUCUUUGUCUUCUGGUCCGGUUUCUGUUUCUCAAUCACUCACCUCAUGCAACCACAAUAUCGCCGAUCUAGACCUCUCCGAGCUUCUGAAAAAUCACCAUGUCUUGGAUAUGUACAACGAGCUUCGGCAAAUGAGCACGCAGGUGGUAAAGUUGUCUGACUCACAAGCUCAGUUGAUGCAGGUUAUGCAAGAAAACAAGCAGUUGACACAAGAGCUGCAAGCAUUAAAGGCCGAAAAGAGUCGAUCAUCAAGUUUUGCCAGUAGCUCGACAAUUUUGCCAAGUGAUUCUGCUUCUCGUCGCGGCGGCAUGAUCUCGCGCGAUGGGAGCGAUGUUUCCGCAUCUCGACCUCAUUUUAAUGCUCUUCCCAUCGCUCCUGCAAGGCGAUAUCCACCGGCAGUCUUGUGGUACAAGGAGGAUAUUGAAGGGGAUGAAGACAUCACCAUUUCAGUAACUAAUCCCGCGAGGAUCCCGAUGGAUAAGGCAGUCCGACACACAGAUGGUGAACUCAUCUCGCUCGCCGAGUGGCAUGCAAUCCAAUCAACUGCUCGCAUGGUCAAGCACGAUCUUCUCUCCCUUCCUCCUCCCCAAGAAUGUCGGUAUCGCAAUGUGAAGAAGAUGAAGAAGGUGCUGCGGGCUGCGUAUCCAUGCGAGUGGGAAGCCGCAAUGCUGAAGAUGGAGAAGAUGCAGCCGUUACUUGCCCUUUGUGAAAACCACUGGAAGGCGGAGCAUAUCCUUGGUCAGAUGCUACUACAGGAGAAGGGACCAGAUUUUGAUGCUGACGACGAUGACGACAUCAGCCACAUCAGUACCUCUGUUGUCAGCACUAGUGUAGGCAAACCCUCAGCAUCCGAGACAGUCGGAGUCUCCACUGCGGCAACCUCACAGACUUCAGCCAUCAACAAGCGACAUCGAGGACAUUCUUCUUCUUCGAGCAAGCCAAAGAAGAAACCUGCCGCGAAUGUGGCAUUGCAGCAUGCGAAGGAUAUGACGUUCGCGCCGGUAACUGCACCAACGCUGAAACCGCAGCUUGGUGCAAUCACCAACAUUCUUGCUACAGUGCCGCCUGCACCGUCAUCAUCACUUACUUCACCUUCGGGUCCCACAGCGAAGGCGGCAGUUGAUGUUAGUUUCAUCAACAUCGAUCCGUCAAUCGAGAAUUUGAUUGACAUGUUGUCCGGCAGCCAUACAGGUUUAAUGAGUGGAUUUGAGCUUCUCAACGCCAUGAAGCUCAAACCCGCAUUCGGUGUUGGUUCUCCAACACCAGAAGUAAUUGUGUUCAUCGAGCGCAUCGAGAACGCCGAUCCUAAUGCGCCGGACCUCUCAGAAAAUGACCUCGGAACGGCGUGGGGCCACUACCAGUUUACAGCUGGCUCAAUGACUUCUAGCUCUGUACUUACCUCAUGGGACGGCAUUGGGAACGAUGCCGCGCGUGUUACAACGCUCCUCACUUGUGGCGCAUCUUUUCUUUUUCUUUUCCUUGUUCCCUUUACGUUACUAGACCACGUGAUCCAACACGUGACUCAUCGGAGCACAACCUCCGAUUCUUUAUCCAGAUGUCCAAAACCCCUAGUCUAG